GGGUUGGAGGGUAAAAUUCAGGAACGAUAAGGGCCCGCGGUAUAUAUUAUACUGCAAUCAACAUAUCGAAAAUAUUAUAUGAGGUGUAGACUAGGAGGGGUAGUGAAAAAUAGUUCACUUCUAAGACGUUUUCCUUUGAUAAAGGAAAAAAGAGAAGGGAAAGGCGAAUUUCGUACGUUUUACGAUAAGAUUAAACACAAUGAAGGUAAAAAGGAUGAAGGGCCGGGCGAUCUGUUUGAGGGCUUCCCACGUAAUCCAAUACAGCAAAAGAUUCCUGAUUCUCUUCGGGAGUUCAAUAAAACUGCCAUCGAUAAAUCGGAAAACAUUAACUUCAUGUUUAUGAUAUUUAUUAUUUUCUUGAUGAUAGGAGUGGCACUUUUCAUAGACCCUUAUCGACAGGAUCAAUUCAUGCGUCCGUACAAAGAAGGCAUGGUUUCUAUUUCUUACAUUGGUGAGAAAAACGCAAGAUACGAUUGAGUAAUUCAAAAAUAAACCAUUAUCUCAGAAGACCAUGAUCACACAAAAAAAAAUGCCUGAAUAAUGAAAUUGAUUUUAUUAAUCCUUUUUCUCGAUAUUAUUUGGUCUAGUUAUUCCAACUAAACCAUGUUGCUUCAAUCUCAUUUUACCUUUUUAAAAAAA